CUGUUGAGUUCCAAACAAGUCAAGACUCAUUUCCCCAAAAAAAAUCUAUUUUUGCCAGGUAAUUGGGAAACUGUUGCAUGAAAGAAAGCGAGAUAGUGAACAGUCAGAGGAGGCAGUGAUGAGGUGAGUGAGAUGAUGCACCCAUGAGUAGAGAGAGAGAGAGAGAGAGAGAGAGAGAGAGAGAGAGAGAGAGGAAGCAGGAAGUCCAACACCUCAGGACUUCUGCUUCAGACGUCACUGAUGAGAGGAAGAGGACCCUCGCCACCAGUGAGGAACGAGUCAGAGGCGACCAGGAGGCGCAGAGAGUGGAGUCUGAGUGCUUGGGUGAAGAGGGAGAGAGAGAGAGAGAGAGAGACCCUCCUCUCCGCAGGUCAGCCCAUGACAGAAGAUGAAAAGCCACAUCACCAACGCCUUCUCUGACUUCUUUUUUGAGUAUGAGACCCCUCGCCAGGUGUUGGUCAGGAACAAGAAGGUCGGAGUGGUGUGCCGUCUGAUCCAGCUGUUGGUCCUGGCUUACAUCAUUGGCUGGGUUUUCAUCUACGAGAAAGGCUACCAGUCCACGGACACGGCAGUCAGCUCCGUCUUCACCAAAAUGAAAGGCGUGGGCUACACCAGUGUGAAUGGGUAUGAGAGAAUCUGGGACGUGGCUGACUACGUCUUCCCACCGCAGGGGGACGCAUCAUUUGUGGUGAUGACAAACUACAUCAUAACUGAAGGUCAGACUCUGGGAAAAUGUCCAGAGCUCAAAGGCAAGAACAACUGCAGCUCGAACGCGGACUGUGAAGGAGGGAAUUUGAAACGUACGGGACAUGGGCAAAUGACAGGAGUCUGUGUGAACACCACAAAGACCUGUGAGGUGUUGGCUUGGUGCCCUGUUGAGGAUGAUCACAUUAUACCAAAUCCUCCUCUGUUGAUGUCUGCCGAAAACUACACUCUGUUCAUCAAAAACUCUGUAACUUUCCCCUUAUUUGGUGUCACAAGGAGUAACCUGGUGGACGGUAUUGAUGGCGGAUACAUCAGCAAAUGCUACUAUGAUCCGAAGGAUGCUCCACUGUGUCCAAUAUUCAGACUGGGAGACAUAGUUAAACUGUCUGGCUUUAAUUUUGAAACAAUUGCCAAAGUGGGAGGGGCCAUUGGCAUUGUGGUCGACUGGACAUGUAACUUUGAUGUGUCUGUAAAACACUGUAAACCAAAGUACAACUUCCAUGGUCUGUAUGGAAACCCUGAGGAGACAGACAAAGCCAGAGCAUCAGUGGGCUACAACUUCAGGUACGCAAAAUAUUAUUUGGAGGACAAAGUUCAGAAAAGAACCCUUCUCAAAGUCUUUGGGAUCAGAUUGGAUAUCAUUGUGCAGUCCCUGGCAAGAAAGUUUGAUAUCAUCCCAACACUGACGACUAUAGGCUCUGGAGUGGGCAUUUUUGGAGUGGCCACUGUCGUAUGUGACUUGAUGCUGCUCUAUCUGCUGCCUAAAAGAGAGUUUUACAAGAACAUGAAAUUUAAACAUACAGAUUCACAUCCAAAGGAUCCUGACUCAGAGGAAGGUAGCGUAGAAACAAAUGUAUCUAAAAAGUGACCUGGGGGCAAAUGUUCAUGCCAGUGGCCAUGCUGCUUCGAAGGUUUCUGCACUGGAACCCUGCCCUAGACCGUGCAAGACAACGCACACACACAUUCACAAACCAUAAAUGGACUUGAACCCGAGAAGGAAAAAGUCAAAAGACAUGGAUACACGGGUCCUCGAUUUCUUGCAGCUCUCCUGCAGAACCUCCUACCAACAUCCUCCCACUCUUAAAGCCAUCCUGAAAGACUAAGGCUCUCGCUGUUGGUGGCGUAGCGCAGCUUUAUGUGUACUUUAUUGGGUGUAGCUCGGUUUGCUUCUGUUCACACACUGGGUGUAACCUGCACCUUCUUAACUGUUUCCCACAUCCGCACUGGUGGUGGAACACUUCCAGGCACGCUGCAGUGAUCCUGUGUAUACACAUCAUCAUUGUAACUCAACCAUAGCCUCCGUGACUGUCUUUGUCACAGCAGGACACACACGUGAUGGGUGGAUGUGCCACCGUCAGAGUGACUCAUCCCUUCCCAAGUGAAUUCAAUAAAAGAUGUACAGUGAUGUUCCUGA